CGCUUUCAGUUCUCGGCGCCGCAGCCCUGCAGACGGGAGCGGGUACUCGUUUGGCGCGUACAUAAGCGAAAUAGUAUGUUUGAGUUACGCUGAAGAGUCAGGAAGUAGUCUCGAUGCAUUAAAUUGGGUUUGCUCUUGAAGGGGCUUUGCUGGUUAAUUUCUGUGGGGAAAAAGCCGUUUGUGGGUGAGGUAGAGCCUGAACACGGUGUUACAAUAUGGUGAAAAGAAGGCUUUUACUUUUUUCUAUUUAGCAUCAACACGCUCUUUUACUCCAAGGCAGUUUUGCAGUUUGUAUUUACAUCCUCUGACGAUGUCAGUUUGCCUAGACUGUAGUUGUAGACUAGAAUCUAAACUAGAUUAUACAUGUUGUGGCUCUGCAAACUGCUUGUCAGAGGCUCUCUUCAGUGAUUUCAGUGGGACUCUACCGAGGUGAAACAGUCUGCAGACGAAGGUUUAGUUUAUUCCCGUAGUUGAAGGUGAGAGAGGGCAGAAGGUGGUAAAGACAGAACAUAAAUCUUGCAAAGUAAAACAGAUGUUUAAAAACAACUUCACUGUUAAGCUCAACAAGAAAUGGUACAGAUUUAAUUAACCAAAGAAGACUUUAUUUAGGUUUUGUUCAGUGGAUUUGCAUACGGGUGGAUUUGUGCUUCCAUAGGAGCUGUGUUAACUUCUGUGCAUUAUGGCAUGUUUUUUUAACAUGCCUUCCUCACUGAAAUCUGUAUUUUCUGACUGCUUUUUCCUCUCUAGGUUCUUUGCCUUCCCUUUAUGCCUCAAAAAAUUUUUCAAUUAAUUUGUCUGUUUUGGUCACGUUUGACAGCCGAGCUGGAAUCGCAAAGAUAAUUUCUUAUAAGUUUUGUGAAGAUCAGUGGCUGAGGAAAGGAGAAGGCCUGAAAUUAGUAUCCCCAGUAAGGAACAGGCAGAUAUGUUUGCCACAUCAUCUAUUUAAGAGACAUCAGACAAAUGAUCUAUCCAUGAUAGCCAUUGGUGAUUAUUACUAGCAAUGCCAUGUGCUGGCAGCGUUAUGCAUCUUUUGGUUUGCUGUGGUUAUCGAACAGGAGGCAAAGAUGCUCCUCCAUUCUGCAGUCACAGUCUUCUGGAAAGGGAUAUGUGAAUGACCAAAGGCUAAGUCUUGAAAACAUGAUUCCUGCAACUGUUCACACUGUCCUGAGUGCUCUAUAUUUAUGCUGCCACAGAAAGAACUGGUUACACUCGGAGGAGAAACACUAAGGAUGAAAUGCGCUUGCAGCUAAAGUAUCCUCAUCAUGAAUAGGUACACAACUAUCAGACAGCUUGGUGAUGGGACCUACGGCUCUGUCCUCCUAGGGAGAAGCAUUGAAUCUGGAGAACUAAUAGCCAUUAAAAAAAUGAAGAGAAAGUUUUAUUCCUGGGAGGAAUGCAUGAACCUUCGAGAAGUUAAGUCUUUGAAGAAAUUAAACCAUGCCAAUGUAGUAAAGCUGAAAGAAGUUAUCAGGGAAAAUGAUCAUCUGUAUUUUGUGUUUGAAUACAUGAAGGAAAAUCUUUAUCAGUUAAUGAAAGAAAGAAACAAACUAUUUCCUGAGUCUACAGUUAGGAAUAUUAUGUAUCAGAUUCUGCAAGGGCUUGCAUUUAUCCAUAAGCAUGGGUUCUUUCACAGAGACUUGAAACCUGAAAACCUCCUUUGCAUGGGACCAGAACUCGUGAAAAUAGCAGACUUUGGCUUAGCCCGAGAAAUCCGAUCUAGACCUCCUUACACUGAUUAUGUAUCCACAAGAUGGUACAGGGCUCCUGAAGUCCUUCUGAGAUCCACCAGCUAUAGUUCUCCAAUAGAUAUUUGGGCUGUUGGUUGUAUAAUGGCAGAAGUUUACACACUGAGGCCUCUCUUCCCAGGCGCCAGUGAAAUUGAUACUAUAUUCAAAAUUUGCCAAGUCUUGGGGACACCAAAGAAGAAUGACUGGCCUGAAGGCUACCAACUUUCAGCCUCCAUGAACUUUCGCUGGCCUCAGUGUGUACCUAACAACCUAAAAACCCUCGUACCUAAUGCUAGCAGUGAAGCGGUGCAGCUCAUGAGAGACAUGCUGCAGUGGGACCCCAAAAAGCGGCCAACAGCUAGUCAGGCACUUCGAUAUCCCUACUUCCAGGUUGGGCAUGCCCUGGGCGUUCAGGAGCUGGGGAAACAAAAGGAACUGCAUAAUAAAUCGUCUCUGCAUAUUAAGCCUGUCCCUCCAGCACAACCGCCUCCGAAACCUCACACCCGCAUUUCGUCAAGGCCUUUUCAACAAAGCCAGUCUUCUCAGCACUUGGUGUACCCGUAUAAGACGGACAACUCUGGGGCUGAGCAUAGUAACUACUUACAGGAGGACAAGUCUAACCAGGUUCUUCUGCCUGCAAUUCACAAUAAGGUUCCUCAGCAGAAAACAUCUACUGGGACUGAGCAUAUAAAUGGUGAACUUAAGCAAAAAACUAGGCGAAGAUGGGGACAUCUUGCUAGAACAGUGAAGAGUUCUGAAGACUGGGAUGACUUGGAAGACCUUGAUUUCAGCUCUUCUGUCACGAGGAUGGACUUGAAAAACAAGAAAAGGCAGGGUGAUGAAACUCUUUGUAGAUUUGAAAGCAUUUUGGACCUGAAGCCUUCGGAUGCUGUAGGCUCUGGCAGCAGUGCACCUUCCCAUGCGACCUUUCCCCGGCAGGACACUCCCACAUUGCGAGUUUCUGCAGCAAAGCAACACUACUUGAGACAUUCUAGGUAUCUGCCUGGAAUAAGCACAAGGAAUAGCAUAGUCUCCACUUCCAACAAAGAGUCUGUUCCGUCUAAUCCCUGGCCCAGUUCUGGUUUGCCUGGAAAAGCUUCCGCUUUGGGAGGAAGUAUUAACAGGAUGAAUUCAGGGCCCGUAGGAUCAAGCGGUCUAACUAGUGGUUAUAUCCCUUCAUUUCUGAAGAAGGAAGUAGGCUCUGCUGGGCAGAGGGUUCAGUUAGCACCAGUUGUGGAUCCAUCUUCUAAUUAUGCUUCUCUGAAGUCAGUAAGACCCCAUCUUGGACGGCCAUCGUUCAAUUCACCUACAAAAAGCACACCAAGGUUAAUGCCUCUCCCACCACCAGCUCAGCCGAUCCACGGGCAUGUUGACUGGUCUGCAAAGUAUGGUGCUCACCGGUGACGUGUGGAAAUACUCUCUAAACCAGUGCGUGUUUCCCAUGAAAUGGUGGCUCACAUCAGACAGUUUCAUACUGCUUUAUAUACCUGUAAAUUUAAAAGAAACAGAUCUUCUAUGAACGAGACGUUUUGAAGGGGUUUUUUACUUUCAUUUGUAUUACUUUGAAUGCAAUCCUGUACCUUUUU